AUGGCUUGUGUCGGGGGCUCCGGGUUCAGAUUCGCGGGCGGGGGGGGACGGGCGGGGGGCGCGGCUGGACGGGGUUCCCAGGAAGGGGUGGACCUCAUCGACAUCUACGCGGACGAGGAGUUCAACCAGGACUCUGAGUUUAGUAAUGCUGAUCAGAUGGAUCUGUAUGACGAUGUGCUAGCUGCCAGUUCCCAGCCUUCUGAAAGCUGUACCAGCAGUUCUGAGCCACCACCUGAAAGCCGUCAAGAACAAUCUCCCAAGCCAAACAGCAAAUCGCCUGCCAUCCUGUACACCUACAGUGGACUGCGUAAUAAGAGAGCUGCUGUUUAUGUGGGCAGCUUUUCCUGGUGGACAACUGACCAGCAGUUGACUCGAAUAAUCCGUUCGGUGGGUGUUUAUGAUGUGGUGGAACUCAAGUUUGCUGAGAACAGAGCCAAUGGCCAGUCCAAAGGGUAUGCAGAAGUUGUGGUUGCCUCUGAAAACUCUGUCCACAAACUUUUGGAGCUGCUACCAGGAAAAAUACUCAAUGGAGAUAAGGUGGAGGUGAAGUUGGCUACCCGGCAGAACCUUGCACAGUUUGAAGCGCAGGCUCGAAAACGCGUGCCUCCGAGGGCUCACUCCAGGGAUUCCUCAGACUCAGUAGAUGGCCGAGCCACUCCAACAGAGAAUGCAGUGCCACCACCACGCAUUGAGAAGCCUCCUUCUGUUUUGCCUUUCUUCAACCGCCCUCCUUCUGCUCUCCCUCUCAUGGGGAUACCACCUCCACCAAUACCGCCACCUCCACCACUUUCCUCAAGUUUUGGGGUCCCACCUCCCCCACCAGGCAUCCACUACCAACACCUAAUGCCCCCUCCUCCUCGACUCCCCCCCCACCUAACUGUGCCACCUCCGGGGGCAGUGCCACCUGCUCUGCACCUCAACCCAGCCUUCUUCCCCCCACCCAAUGCGGCAAUGGGCCCUCCACCAGAUGCCUACAGUAAGGCCUCAGCUCCAUAUAACCACAGCAGCCGAGAAUUAGGCCCAUUGCCACCCCCUGUCAGUGAAGCUGAAUUUGAAGAAAUCAUGAACCGGAACCGAGCAAUUUCCAGCAGUGCCAUUUCCAAAGCUGUGUCUGGUGCCAGUGCAGGGGAUUUUAGUGAUGCCAUUGAGACUCUGCUGACAGCCAUCGUUGUGAUCAAACAGUCCCGUGUUGCAAAUGAUGAGCGCUGCAGAGUCCUUGUCUCUUCACUUAAGGAUUGUCUCCAUGGCAUUGAAGCCAAGUCCUACAGCAUGGGGAGCAGCAGCAGCAGCAGCAGUUCCUCCAGAAAAAGGCACCGGUCUCGGGAUAGGUCACCCAGUCGAUCCCGUGAAAGCAGCAGGAGGCACCGAGAUGCAAUCCAUAAUGAAGAUCGUCAUGAGGACUAUUUUCAGGAAAGAAGCCGGGAGCAUGAGAGACACAGAGACAGGGACAGAGAAAGAGACCGGCAUCACUGAGAUAUGAGAAAUCUUUCCAGGGAGCAUGGGAGGAAUUCAGUGUUUUAUGGACUCAUAUUUCCUGUCCUUAAUCAAGACUAAAGGAUGGAUGCUUCUCCACGCUCUCCUUCCCACUUCCCAUUGACCCUUCUGGACCCCUUGGAAAGAGACUUUACCUGCAGAACUCCAUCUGGCGCACAGUGGCACAGGGAUCUGAGCUCUGCCAGUGUGAGUCGUGUGCUGCUGCUUCAUGGAGAAACACUGAAUGACUUGGAGUUUGGAAGGGGUUGUCUGAGCCACUGUGACUAGGGGCCACUUCAGUCCAUGGAUUCUUGGACCCAAAGAGAAUGGUGCUUUCCACAGAGGUUUACCCACCUCUUUCCUUUCCAUGGCUUUCUAGGAGCACCUGGGGAGGAACCCAUCCAGCUUGUCUCCUGUAGGAAGAACUGUCGCUUCAGUACAGCACAGGAUGUCUGACUGUAGUCUCACUGAAGCUUGUGUCCACAGUCCACAAUGCAUUGCCUUCUCAAGCAUCCAGUCUCCUAAAGUCUCAUCCUUUCCCCAAAACAGCUUCAGUUUUGCUUCUCUAGCACCAUCGUACACAGCUUAGAAAACAGUAUAUUUUUUUUAAUGGGAGGGCAGGCUGGCUAUUGCUUCCAAUUACCCUUCUUUUGUAUCUCUUCUCUCUGUGUUACUCCCUGUCCUGAAAGCCGCCAUCUCCGUUCUGCCUGUCUUUUUCUGGACAGGCCUGUGUUGGUCAUCCUGCUCCAAUAGGGAGUCUCCCUUAAGAAACUGUUCUGGCUCUGGGUACUCUUUCCACAGGUGAUACAUAUUUGCUUACAGCUUCCUUGCUUUGAUUCAUGCAAAUACCUGCUUCAGUUGUAGCUUCUUGCAUAAACCUUUGCUUCCGGGGCAGCCCUCCUAGAGUGCCACCUUCCUUCUUGUAGAGGGAGUGUUGUAGGCAGAAGACUGACUGAUGUAGUGCAUGGAGUUGGGAGCAAGUCAGACUGAGGCUAGCUCAGAGGGAUGGGAUGCAGCACACCCUGAGCGCAUUGUUAAGUUCCAUGUGAUGUAUGUGUUGAUUUAAGGUCCAGGAGUUCCCUUGCUCUGAGCCCAAUUUAAACAGAGCUCACUUGAGAAUGAUUCGCUUAUGAGUUUGCUUCAGAUGGCACCAGCUUUGCUGAUCUGAGACAUACUGUUCUAGGGGAAAUGCUUGGAGGCCGUGGAAAGCUGCUGCUUGUUCACACCAUGUGUAACUGCUGUGUAAACAAAAGUAAGGCUUCUGGAGGUUCUCAGUCUUUAAGCUGGCAGCCCCUUCAGGCCAGUAGCGUCAAAAUCUGCUUAGGAACGUUAUGGGACAGGUGUGGCUGUAGAACUCUAGGUUAAUCUGUUAUCUUUGAGAUGUAACCCUUUGGAGUACAGGUUUUGGUGCUCCGACCCAGUUUGAGUGCUCCAGUUUCUUAAAAACAAGAUAACACUCUUCAUCUUGGAAUAUAUAGUCUCCAGCACCUGGAUCUCUGUAAUCAGGCCAAGUGUCUGUUGCAUUCAUGAACACUUGAUGUGACUGACCAGCUGCAUGGUGAAGCUCCCCCUUGCUGGAGGAUCCUGUCUGGUCCCACCAAGACAGUUGUGAGGCCUAAAGAGGAUGAACGAUGUCUGGGAAAGGAUGUCGCCGUAUGACGCUGCACCUCCCUUUUGUACUGUUGGUCAGAGAGGUCUCAGCUCUAAAUGUUGGUGUUUUUUUUUUUAAAUGAAAACAAAGUUAUGUAAACUAAAAUGGGGUAAUGGCUUAAACUGUAAAGUAUCAAAUAUAAAACAUUUGAUUGGAAGAGUUGUUUUUUACAUAAUAGGACAAUUUUAGUUUGUUUUGAAAUAAUGGAAGUAAAAUGGAGAAAAGAAAGAAACCAAUGACAGAAAAAUAGCAUUGGCUCCCCUCUACUCACCCACCCUGUUCUUCGUGAUUUGAUUUGUUUGUCUUUUUCUGAUAGGUUGGAAAUUGUGUAAUAAACUUGAUGAUAUUGUCAAUCUUUUAUACUGCAUUGUAUGGUUUCUUUUUUCCUUUUGUAACAUUUUAAACAAGUGGGGAAGGGGUGUUGCUGUUUUAUGAAAUCUCUCCACUAAAUAAGAUGGGGGGGAGAGGGGUAUGUAGACCAGAAAGGCAAAGAAUGGAUAGAUAAGGAAGAUGUUUCUACAACACAGAUUCUAAGUUUUGGCUGGCUGA